UCAGUAAAAAUGAAAGGUCAGUCGCACUAGCCCCGUGAAAAGCAUUCUGGGAUACACUAUGUAAACAUCAGCAACAAACCUGUCAGAUGAGAGAUACACAAUGCAAAUUUGAACAGACUUCUUUUCUCGGAUUUUGCCUUUUAAUACAAACGGGGGAACUCGACUUCGUGAUUUAUCGGGAUGUGACUAUGCUGUCAAGAAGCGACGGUACUUCUGUGCAAGUGUCAGAAUGCUAGCAGCCAGUUAGCUCGCUGCUGGAUCACAUUCAUGCGCUUAUAGUUGUCUUACAUUUCAACGGAUUCGUCCAUUCUUUGUUACCGGCAGUCCAGACUCCUCGUCCUGCUGUGAAGGAUGGGUGUUAAAACCUUCACUCACAACUCCCCCAGUCACAGCCAGGAGCUUUUGGAUAAGCUCAACACCCUACGCAGUGAGGGCCACUUCUGUGACGUCACUAUUCGCGUGCAGGGCCAGAUGUUCUCGGCCCACAAGGUAGUGCUAGCCUGCUGUAGUGACUUCCUUCGAGCAAAGCUGUCUGGAAAGCCGGCUGAAGAAGACACUGUAAUUGUAGGUGAAGAUAACAAACAUGUGCUGGAUCUCCAACACGUGACGGUCGCGGGUUUCGCUCCUCUUCUGGAAUAUGCUUACACGUCCACCCUGUCCAUUAAUACGGAGAAUAUCAUUGAUGUACUUGCAGCAGCUAGCUAUAUGCAGAUGUUUGCAGUGGCCAACACUUGCUCUGAGUUCAUGAAAUCCAGUAUCCUGUGGAACUCGGCAUCCUCAGGAGCAGGAGGUCCUGGAAGCACCCAGCCUCCAGUUUUACACAGGCCCCAAGAGACCCCUGAAGGCCAUGCGAGCUGCACCCUUGCCCCUGUAGAUGCCCUCUCGCCAUCUCCGGUCUCAUCUGAGUGCAGUGUACCGGAGCGGCCCAUCCCUGUGUGUCGCGAGUCUAGACGCAAGCGCAAAGGCUUUGCGAGCCCGCAACCAGCAUCCUCAACCUCUCCACAAGUCCCCAACCCCUCUCCAUCCUCUUCCUCCUUCCCAGAGAGUUCAGCGCAGGCUCUGGAACCAUCUCUGACCUUCUCCUGGACAUACCCUUUUGGUAUGGACCGGCGGUUUGCACCAGAUAAGUCAAAACUACCCGAAGGUCUCCUGGAACCUUCUGGAGUGUCGGGGCAGGACUCUAGUGGACGGGCAUUGGUGGAGUAUCUGGCCUGUGAGGGCCCACGCGGCCUGGGCAUGACAGGGGUGGAGGAGGAAGAAGAAGAGGAUGUGCAGGUGAAGGUGGAGAGGCUGAGUGAUGAAGAAGUGCAUGAAGAAGUUUCUCAACCAGUCAGUGCUCCACACAGUUCUCUGAGUGACCAGCAGACAGUUCCUGGCAAUGAACACACCCAAGAGGAUCUACUCAUCAGCCCUCAGUCCUCAUCCAUUGGCUCCCUGGAUGAGGGGGUGACAGAGGGUCUCCAAUCCCUGCAGGGCACUCCGAACACUACUGGUCACAUGGAGGAGGAUGAGAGACUGGAGAAUGUCCAGUACCCAUACCACCUGUACAUUAGCCCUUCCACUCGCCCAGGACUCAACAGUCCUGAACGGCCCUUCCAGUGCCCUACAUGUGGCGUCCGCUUCACUCGAAUACAGAAUCUCAAGCAGCACAUGCUCAUCCACUCUGGUAUUAAGCCAUUCCAGUGUGACCGCUGCGGGAAAAAGUUUACGCGGGCUUACUCCCUGAAGAUGCACCGGCUGAAGCACGAAGGUAAACGCUGUUUCCGGUGCCAGAUCUGUAGCGCCACUUUCACUUCCUUCGGUGAAUAUAAGCAUCACAUGAGGGUGUCUCGCCACAUCAUCCGCAAGCCUCGGAUUUACGAGUGCAAAACGUGCGGCGCCAUGUUUACCAACUCCGGCAAUUUAAUCGUACACCUGAGGAGUCUCAACCAUGAGGCAUCAGAACUAGCAAACUACUUCCAGACCAGUGAGUUCCUCCUCCCAGACUACCUGAGUCACAUGCAAGAGGAAGAGGGGCUGGGACACUUUGAGAUGAGUGAGCAGACCUUUGAAGCUUCUUCCUCCUCUUCCUCAGUCCAAACACCAGUUAUCUCUCAAGUUUCCUCUACCAUGAACUAUGACAACCACACUUCUGCACCUCCUUCCCAAACCCCAAACCCCAGGUCAGGGCAUGGAGGAGAGGCCUCACAAGUGGACCAUCCGAAGUCCACUGCUGCUGUGACCUCUCUGCAAGACCCAGAGGAAGAUGAGGGAGAGAAGGACAGAGGUGGAAGAAAGAAGAAGAAAAGACUAGUGUCAAUUACAAUUGAGUGAAAACAUUCCUUACCUGUGAACAUGUAAAAUAACAGUCAAUGUCCUGUUCCACACUCAAUACUUCUGUUGUUGACGGCCUAUUAUACUCUCAGAAAAAAAGGUACAAAAGCUGCCAUUGGGGCGGUACCUUUGAUAAAGGUACACCUUUGUACUUUAUUUACCUGUAAAGAGUGCAUAUUAUUAUCUUAAAAGUAUUAGUACCUAAAAUGUAUAUAUUAGUACUACAGAUGUACUGAUCAAUGGGCCAGGGACCAGAAUGAGCAGAUUUUCCGCAUGAUCAGCCCGGACCAGUGACCGGCUGGUCAGUCUCACAUCGUGCCAAUUCUGAGUCAGUCCAUUUUGACGUCAAAGCUAUGCUCGUGCAACUCAAAUCCGCAUGUAAACAUGGACGUUCUUCACUGUGAGUGAAGAAGAAACAAAAUUUGCAAUUUGUUAUCCGUGUAAGACCAGAGAAAAUGUAAGCACAUGUGAAAUAUAAAGUUAUAAAAUAUGCUUUAUAAAUAAAUAUGCUUUUAAAUAUGUUUAAUGUAGGUCUCCUCGGCCCUGUCCCACUGCAACUAGCCCCAUACGGGGCUCUGGAGUUAUAGCCGGUAAAUGGUGGAUCUUUGGGGAGCGAUAGCUCCCGACCGAUUUGUCUGACUGGACAAGAAGCCUGAUUAAAACGUCAAUAACAAAAAUAACUAGGGAACUUGGCCAUCAAAAAUGUUUGCGCGAUAAUGAUUGUGAUUUUAUUGCAUUCAGUGUAAAUGGAGAGUGAUAAUGUAUUGAUGUCUUUACAGAUGAGGCUUGCACAGCCUGUCUGAAUGAGAGAGAGAGAGAGAGACUCGUGCAGAAAUCAAAACAAAUGAGUGCAACAGCACACACAAAGUAACUAACAGAACGUUAAAGAAGCAUACUGCUGUAGAAGAUAAUCAGCUUAACACGACCAAGAUGUUUCCCGAAUUAUCACAAUGUGACACGGAUUUUAUACCAUAGAAGUUCAAUAAACAAGAAGUUAAAAUUAAGUGACUUUUUAGUCACAAUAUUGACUGUUUUUGCUCAAUUUCGCUGACGAAAAUAGUUCUAAUCAAAGUCACAGCAGAGCUGUUGUGUGUUUCCAAGCAACACAUACGUAUUUUGUUACUGAAUAAAUCCAUUUUUGAAUG